AUGACCUACGAGGCCAACACUGGUGUUGCGUUGGCGCUAGGUGACCUACACAAUGCAAAAGGAAACCGCGAUAUCGAGCCACACCAUCGCCCUAGUCUUUUGCGUAAUUGCAGACUGAUCUUCCAAGAAACUUUCCCAAUCCUUUAUAACCAGACAAGGUUCGAUAUCAGCUUCGACAGCUGUUGGUAUCAGAGUAACCGCCCUCUCGAAACUCAUUUACUUCCCAAGUAUCAGCUCCAAUUGACGUCUGGGAGGAGCCAAAUCACACACGGUCUGACACAAGUUGUUCUCGCGCGUGUCAAGCACGUUCGUGUUUUCAUGAACGACACAAGAUUAUCCACAUACAUCUGGCGGAUGCACAUUCUAAGCACUUGCCUAAGCCACGGAAUGGGCCUCGAAUCACUUCGUCUUCUUUCAGCCAUACCUAUGGCCGAGUUGGACGAUAUCUGGAGUACUGCAGAGAUUCUCUAUUUCGACUCGUAUAAAGACACUGUUGUUCUCGAACUCGUCGACUGCGAUGUCACGGAGGAGGACAAGGCCGUGUUCAAGAGGAUUCAAAACUUAUUGGGACGUGUGCUGUCUGUUAGCAUGAAGCGACACACACCGAAUGACCUAUGA